AUGGUUCUUGAAACUCGAGCAGACAGUCCAACCGAUGUAUGUACGCGAUGGUCACACCAAUCUGCUGUGAUCAACGGAACACUUUAUAUCUACGGUGGACAAGCAACCAUCGAGCCUGGACAGACACAAAACAAGUGGAAUAAUGACUUUCUAUCAAUGGAUCUCGCCAAUAGUUGGCAGAUCUCUAGCCCCUCCUUGACGGGCUUGCCACAACCAUCUGGUCCCCCGAACGUGUCGAACGGCUUCUUGUGGAACUCCCACGAGUCCGUAUAUCUUUAUGGUGGAGAGUUUUCAGACAGCCCUGUCGAUCCACCGACCGCAUUCUCGCUUUGGGAAUACAGCGCCAUAUCCUCUCAGUGGAUUCAACAUCAGAAUCCAACAACUUCAUCCGGCGACAAUGCUCAGUCUAGCGGCCAAGCAGUACAGCGUGUUGCUGAAGGCGCCGGCGCCUCAGUUCCAGGAUUAGGGCGUGGUUUUUACUUCGGCGGACAUGAAGAUACCCACACGACCGAAGGAUGGUCGAAUCAAGUCGCACGAAUUUACAUCAAGUCCUUGAUCGAAUUCACCUUCCCUGGAUAUCAAAACAAUCAAGUAUCCUCCCUAUCGAACAACCAAGCUGCAGGCAGCGAUGGUGCAUGGCGCAAUGUCACAGAUGGAGGUGCUCAAGACAGUGCAGGAUUUCCGGAGCGCGCAGACGGACUGCUUGUAUACAUACCUGGAUUCGGUGACCAAGGCAUCCUCCUCGGUCUAGCUGGAGGAACAGAGGACACUUUCACACAAAUGAACGUGAUCGAUGUGUACGAUAUUGCUACCUCGACUUGGUAUAAACAAGCAACAAGCGGGCCCACACCAAAGAUUCGCGUCAACCCGUGUGCUGCAGUAGCAGCUGCCCCGGAUGGUAGCUCUUACCAAGUACACAUGUUCGGUGGACAGAAUCUCAUUCCUGCUGGCAACCAGACUCAGUAUGAUGACCUCUGGAUUCUGACCGUUCCUUCCUUCACCUGGAUCCAAGUUGAUCAGAGCUCACAAUCAGUACCACCCGGCAGAGCAGGUCACUCAUGUCAGAUGUGGGAUGGGCAAAUGGUCGUGGUUGGUGGCUACGUCGGCGACCAAAUCAGCUGCGACAGUCCUGGCAUCUACGUGCUCAACGCAAGCAGUUUGGAAUGGUCGACUGGAUUCACUGCACUGACCCAACUAGCCAAUGGCAGCAGUCCAGGUGGCCUCGAAGGCUCUUACGGAUAUCAAGUUCCUGGUGUCGUUAUCUCGGUUAUUGGUGGUAACGCACAAGGAGGUGCGACUGUCACUGCGCCAGCUCAAACAGCGAGUGACGGGCCAUUGAAGACUGGCAGUCCAAUCAUCUACAGCACUGUAACCUCUAGUUCAACCGCAACAGCUACAGGUAACUCUGGUGGCGAUUCUACCUCGGGAUCGGGAAACAAAGGCAGCAGCGGUCCCAACGUCGGAGCUAUCGUUGCUGGCGUGAUCGCAGGCAUCCUUUUCGUCGUUGUCUGUUACCUUGCAUUCUGCGCUUGGCUGUAUCGUAAACGUCUUCAACUAUACAAACGUCAUGUUGAAAUGGCACAGCGACAGGCACUCAACGAGAAGAACCACCCAAACAUUCCAGGUCUCGUGCCCACAGGAGCAGGCUCCUCAAGUGGUGGUGGCUCAGGCGAUCGUCGUCAAUGGACUUCUAGCGAAAACGCCAGCGGCAAAGGAAGCUCGAACCGUAACAAUGACUGGGGAUAUACUGAAGCUUAUAGGACAGACACUGCCGGCCAAGGCAGCGUAGACGGAUUCUUGUUGAGGAGGAGUAGUGAUGAUAGCGGUGCGCCCGAGGAUCUACUUGCUGGUAACACGCCAUCGUUCUGGGGUACUGUUCUGGCACCAAGGCGCAGUUUGCGUGUUGUCAAUCGGGACUAG